AAUUUUGCUAUUAAUUAAUCAUAUGUUUUAUUUGAGUCACGUUCACCAUUCACAGAUUCGAUUGGAGUGUUCAAAAAAUUGAAGAGAAUGGAAAUUUUAAGCAGCAUGGGCUUCCAUAAUGUUAAAAUCGGGCUAAUCUCAAUUCUAUUUUAUUAUUUACAGCUAUUGAAUUAUGUAAAAUCAGAGGAUAUCUUUACCUCAAUGGCAGACAUACAAAAUCUCCUCUAUUCCAAAAAGGAAUGCCUUUCUAUGUUAAAUGAAUAUAUUAUUGAUGAAGAACAACGAUUACAAAAAAUUAGAGACUUCAUAAAAGACCACGAAAAUUUGAAAAAUGACGACGAGACCGACGUAGAAUAUUACCUAGGCAACCCUAUCAACGCUUUCUUGCUUAUCAAAAGCCUCACCAAAGAUUGGAAGCAUUUAGGAACCAUUAUGAGGCAUAACGCUUCCGAAAUUUACAUAAACAAAAUCGAAUCUAACGUAUUUCUGCCGGGCGAUGACGAUUUAAACGGAGCCGCGGUUGCGCUUUUCAGGCUCCAAGAUAUGUAUAAAGUCGACACGAAUAAAAUGGCCGGAGGCGAUAUAUCUGGCGUUAAAACUUCCCCUAAUUUAAACGCCGAGCAAUGUUUCGAAAUAGGCAGGCAAUCAUAUUUAAACGAAGAUUUUUAUCACACCCGCAUAUGGAUGGAAGAGGCCCUGAGAAAAUGGGACGUAGAACAGGACAAAACAAUCAAAAGGGAAGAUAUUUUGGAGUAUUUGGCAUUCUCUCUUUAUAAACAAGGUAACGUCAACAUGGCUUUGAAGAAAACCGAUGAAUUACUCGAAUUAAAUCCAUCACAUAGCAGGGCCCAGGGAAACAAGGAGUGGUACCAAAAGGAUCUUGAUGAGCUCGAAAAAUCGGGCAAAAAGGGCGAUGAAAUGGAAAAGGUCAACGCUGAUGACGAGUACAACUCGCCCGAACAAAUGAAUUAUCAUUCCUUAUGUAGAGGGGAUUACCCGAGGGAUACCUCGAUCCAGAAAAAACUCAAAUGUAGGUACGUUAACAGGUAUAAUUCUCCAGCGCUUAAAGUUUCUCCCGCGAAAGAGGAGACCUUGAAUUACAAACCUUGGAUCGUUAUAUAUCACGAUGUCCUGAACGAUCAGGAAGUCAAAAUAGUCAAGGAGUUGGCAUACCCCAGGCUGAAAAGAGCUACUACUUUCAACUCAAAGACUCAAAAAUAUGAACCGGCUGAUUACAGGAUUAGUAAAAGUGCUUGGUUAAGAGAAGAGGAUCAUAAAGUUAUAGUGGAUAUCAAUAGAAGGAUUUCUACCAUUACCGGCUUAUCGAUGGAAACGGCUGAAGAUCUUCAAGUUGCAAACUAUGGCAUAGGUGGACAUUAUGACCCUCAUUAUGAUUUUUCCAGGAAUGACGAAUAUGAUGAUGAUGGAAAUUAUAUUGACAAGAGAAUAGCCACAUGGAUGUUUUACAUGAGCGAUGUUGUUGCCGGUGGAGCUACGGUCUUUCCGUUGGUGGGAGUCAGAUCUACGCCUAAAAAAGGCUCUGCCGCAUUUUGGUACAAUUUAAAAGCUUCUGGUAAUGGAGAUUUUGAUACUAGACAUGCAGCAUGUCCCGUUCUAGCGGGUUCCAAAUGGGUUUCUAAUAAAUGGAUUCACGAGAGGGGUCAAGAAUUUAGAAGACCAUGCAAAUUAAAUCCGAGCUUAUAAGUCCAAUAUUAACUAAUCAAUGCCGAAUAAUCAAAAUGUUAUUUACUCAUAAAGAGCUAAAAUCUUCGACUCAUUUUGUCACUUUUUUUACAUACUUACUACAACCCACGCAUUCAAUCAUAUAUUUAUAACAAUGUUUUUUUAUAUUUUUUUAAGGAUCCGCGAAUAUUGAAUAUUUUUAACUUUUUAUUUCGAUAUUUUUUUUAACAAAAUGACAUUUCACUUAUAAAAAAACUAAUGCAUAGUUAAAUUUUUAUAAAGGUAAAUCAUGUUUUUUUAGAUAUGAAUAAAUGUGGUAGUAACACGUUGCUGCAUUUUAUUUCUUUAUUCUUUUUAAUGUAAAUCAAUUUAUAUUUUUUAAAUGUUUUAUAAAAUAGUAUAAAAAAUAAAUUUUAUUAUCAAACAUGAUGUUAAUAAGAAAAAACAUU